AUGCCACAAAUACUCAGUACCAAAGAGGCCAACCUCUUCCGCCAGGUCAUUCGUGACUAUGAGGAGAAGCGAUACAGAGCGGGCCUCAAGGCGGCCGAGCAGAUCUUGAAAAGGAACCCCAAACAUGGCGACACCAUGUCGAUGAAGGCCCUGAUCAUGAACGCACAGGGUAAAACAGAGGAGGCCUUCAACCUGGCCAAGGAAGCUCUCAAGGUUGACUUCAAGUCACACAUCUGCUGGCAUGUGUACGGCAUCCUGUACCGUACCAACAAGAACUUUGAGGAGGCUAUCAAGGCCUACAAGUUUGCCCUCAAGCUCGAGCCUGAGUCGCAACAGAUUCAGCGCGACUUGGCCAUCCUCCAGGUGCAAACUCGCGACUACGAAGGUUACGUUCAAAGCAGGUUCGCGAUGCUCAAGGCGCGCCCGCAACUGCGUCAGAACUGGACCGCAUUGGCUAUUGCUCACCAUCUCGAGGGCAAUCUUCAGGAAGCUGAGAGGAUCUUGACCACUUACGAAAAGUCCGUGUCGGUGGCCCCUUCAAAGACUGACUUUGAGAACUCGGAAGCGCUCCUUUACAAAAACUCCAUCAUUGCUGAGCAAGGAGAGACAGAGCGGGCCUUGGAACACUUGGAGCAAGAGUGCAAAAAGUGCUUGGAUCGGUUGGCCGUUAUGGAGCUGCGGGCCCGUUAUCUUGCCGAGCUGGGACGGAAGGAGGAGGCGGAAACGGCAUAUCGGGCGUUGAUUGAUCGAAACCCAGACCACACCGACUACUACAAGCGCUUGGUGGACGUGUUGGGCCUGACUGCCGAGGAUGAGGCUGUGCAAAAGGCCAUCUUUGAUGAAUAUUCUGCUAAGUAUCCCCGCUCUGAUGCUGCUCGUCGUUUGCCCUUGGACUUUUUGACAGGCGACGAGUUCCGAACUGCAGCCAAAGCAUACCUGACCCUGAUGUUCAACAAGGGCGUCCCAUCAACAUUUGCCAACCUUAAGCACUUGUACUCUGACUCCUUCAAAAAGGAUACUCUUCCUUCGCUGGCCGAAGAGUACCUCCAAGAAGCCGAGGGUUCCAACGCAGAAGCCAGCAGCGACAGCUCCAAGGGAGUAGGGGCUGCUCUUUUCUUCCUCGCCCAGCACUACAACUAUCACAUGAGCCGCGACCUUACCAAAGCGCUCGAGUAUGUCGAGAAGGCCAUCCAGUUGGACCCAAAGAGUGUCGAUUUUCAAAUGACAAAGGCGAGAAUUUUCAAACACCAAGGCGAUAUCGCGAAGGCCGCCGAGGCCAUGGACCAAGCUCGCCUACUUGAUACAAAGGACCGCUACAUCAACACCAAGGCCGCCAAAUACCAGCUGAGGAACAAUGAGAACGAGAAGGCCCUCAACACACUCGGCCUUUUUACGAGGGCCGAGACUGUCGGCGGCCCCUUGGCUGACUUGAUCGAUAUGCAAGCGAUGUGGUUUUUGACCGAGGAUGGUGAGGCGUGGCAGCGUCGCGGAAACGUGGCUCUAGCUUUGAAGCGCUACCACACCGUAUUCAACAUUUUCGACAUUUGGCAGGAGGACCAGUUCGAUUUCCACAGUUUCUCUCUUCGCAAGGGUCAAAUCCGCGCAUACGUGGACAUGAUUCGCUGGGAAGACAAGCUCAGGGAGCAUCCAUUCUAUUUCCGGGCUGCUCUGGAUGCCGUGAAGCUUUACCUGUCCAUGUACGACAAGCCAGAAGGUGUGAACAGCGCCAAUGGCAACAACGCCAACGGGGAAGACGCUGCCGAGAAGAAGAAGGCGGCCAAGAAGGCCAAGAAGGAGGCACAGAAGGCGGAGAAGGAAGCGGCAGAACGUGCCGCAAAACAAAACCCCAACAAGGCACAGAAGGAUAAGGAGGAGGAAGUCAAGAAGAAGGAUGAUGACCCGAACGGGGUGAAGCUCGCCGAGACGAAGGAUCCCCUGGGAGAUGCGAUGAAGUUCUUGGAGCCACUUCUCCAGUUUAGCCCCAAGAACAUUGAGGGCCAGAUCGCGGGCUUUGAGGUCUACAUCCGCAGGAAAAAGUAUGUGUUGGCCGCAAAGUGCCUCAAGGCAGCCCAGGCUCUAGAUGAGAACCAUGUCAAAGUUCAGGAGCUCGCGGCCACAAUGCAAAAGACGAUGGACGGUGUCCUGGAGUCUCUAGCCCCCAAGAUUCAAGAAGCGCUGAAGACAGAGCUCGCCUAAGAAGAGGUUGUAGAAACUACCAAGCGGCCGAGAAAAGUUGUUUCUGGAACACUAGUUAUUGGUAAAAAUGGGCAACGGCGGUGGGCGCUGAUGUAGGCUGGGCCAUGUAGCUUCAACUGGGUUUGAUCAUGGUAGUUUGAUGGUAAACAAAAGCGACAUUACAGACGCAUGCAGUAGUAUUGAUUGCUGUCUGCAGAUGGGCAGGUGAAUGUUGUGGUUUGCAUGAGACAUAGUGACACUUAUCUUGUAGCACAAUGCAUACAUCAAGAUGAAAAAUAGAACAGGGUCUGUA